ACCCGGAUGUGGUUGCCUACAUUAAACCCUAUUUUAUAAUCGCCCGCACGUCCGUUUCGCAGCAGCAAAACCUCGCCAACAUAUAUAUUCUUAUUUCACUUGUAAAACCCUCCAAGCGACACGCCACGCACUCAUCAAUUGAUUAUGUUUCGGAGCGGUGAUUGCCUGUUUUGAUUGGAUUGGUUGCCGAUUGUAAUCCGGUUGGGCGGAGGCAAGGGGCUUUUUUUUUUCGCAUUUUCGAAACGGAUAUGGAUUUCGAGUUAAGUUCCAAGGAUAAAUUAGCAUAUUUUCGGGUAAAAGAGCUCAAGGAUGUUUUGACGCAUCUCGGUUUAUCCAAGCAAGGAAGGAAGCAGGACCUACUUGACAGGAUAUUGACAACUAUCUCCGACGAACAAGCAGUUCCCGGAAUGCUGGCCAGGAAGGAGGUGGUAACAAAACUUAUAGAUGACACUUACAGAAAAAUGCAGGUGUCUAGUGCAACAACCGAUUUAGAGUCGAAAGGGACGGCUAUUUCGGAUAGCAGUAGUGUGAAGCGUAAAGAACCUGAGGAUAAUCAUCAGAUAGAGAAGAUUCGCUGUCCCUGUGGUAGCUCAUUGCGGAAUUCAUUGAUUCAGUGUGUGGACUCAAGAUGCAAUAUAUGGCAGCAUCUAGGCUGCGUCAUUAUUCCGGAGAAAUCUAUGGAAGGUGUUGUACCAGUUCCACCAGAGACCUUCUACUGUGAACUCUGUAGACUAAGUCGUGCGGACCCAUUCUGGGUGACAGUUGCACAUCCUUUAUAUCCUGUGAAAUUGAAUACUUCAAAUUUUCCAACUGACGGUACCAAUCCAGUUCAGAGCAUUGAAAAAACAUUUCAACUCACAAGAGCGGACAAAGACUUGUUGGCAAAGCCAGAGUAUGAUGUUCAGGCAUGGUGUAUUCUUCUUAAUGACAAGGUUUCAUUUAGACUUCAAUGGCCACAAUAUGCAGAUCUGCAGGUUAAUGGUGUGCCCGUGCGAGUAAUAAAUAGACCAGGCUCGCAAUUGUUAGGGGCCAAUGGUCGUGAUGAUGGCCCUGUUAUAACUCCUUGCACCAAAGACGGAGUUAAUAAGAUUUCCUUAACAGGAUGUGACGCUCGACUGUUUUGUAUGGGCGUCAGAAUUGCAAGGAGACGUACGGUUCAACAGAUUCUCAGUCUGAUUCCAAAGGAAUGUGACGGUGAGCGAUUUGAGGAUUCUCUUGCCCGUGUUCGUCAAUGCGUUGGUGGAGGAGCUGCCACAGAGAAUGCUGAUAGUGACAGUGAUAUUGAAGUUGUUGCUGAUUCUAUACUGGUGAAGCUGUGCUGCCCUAUGAGUGGCUUAAGGAUGAAGGUCGCCGGAAGAUUUAAACCUUGUUUGCACAUGGGAUGCUUUGAUCUGAAUGUUUUUGUGGAAAUGAACCAACGAACUAGAAAGUGGCAAUGCCCCAUUUGUCUUAAGAAUUAUUCUCUGGAGAAUAUCAUUAUUGACCCAUAUUUUAAUCGCAUUACUUCAAAGAUGCAAACUUGUGGAGAAGAGGUAACAGAGAUUGAAGUGAAGCCUGAUGGUUCUUGGCGUGUGAAGCCAGUAAAUGACCGAAGGUGUCUUGGGGAUCUUAAACAAUGGCACUUUCCUGACGGCAGUCUCUGCCUGGAGACAGUUGAGGAAGCUAUCUCUAAGUCUGAAAUAAUUAAACAAGUCAAAGAGGAAUGCCCUUCAGGAGGCCAUAUUGGUUUAAAGCUUGGAAUCAAGAAGAACAAAAAUGGCAUCUGGGAAGUCAGCAAAACUAAUGACUCCUCUGUGAGUAGACGACAAGAUAACAUAGAAAACAUUGGUCAUAUUAUUAUGAGCAGCAGUAUCACUGGUAGUGGUAGGGAUGGUGAAGAUGCCAGUGUUAAUCAGGAAGGGGGCUCGACAAAUAAUGGAAUUGAGCUAGACUCUGUUCCUGCCAAUGUUGGGCCAAUAUAUGAAUUCACAGGCCAAAUUCAGAAUGCACCAGCAGGGGAUGCAGAUGUUAUUAUCCUCAGUGAUUCGGAAGAAGAAAACGAACCCAUUAUCUCUUCUGUCCCAAUAUCUAAGAGCACCGGGACAAAUGCUGGAUUUACAUAUGAAAUUCCUGCACAGGCAGUUCCUGAUUCUUAUCUCGAAAAUUCUGCCCUUGGCCCUGACGGAGGUUCACAUCUGGGAUAUUUCAGUAAUAAUGACGAUGAAUUCGGGCUGCCUUUACUCUCUGCUGAUCAGUUAUUUGGACCUGAACCAGAUAUCUCAGAUGCCAUGCUUGAUCUGCCGCGUGAUUCGCUUCCAAUGAUGGAUUGCUACUCACUGAAUGCUGAAACUGCAUCGGGUUCAUCUUCUAUUCUCCCCGACUCUUCUCUUCAUAAUUCUAGAGCUGAUUUAAAUGAUAGCCUGGUCGAUAAUCCUUUAGUGUUUGGUAACGAUGAUCCUUCUCUUCAAUUGCAUAGUUCAAGGCCUGCAGAUUCGGCAGUACAGGCUGGUAUGAAUGACCAACCAAUAAUGUCCAAUAAUAUUCCUACUGAGGAUUGGAUUUCCCUGAGGGUAGGGAAUUGUCGCGGCAGAGUUUAUGAUGAACCUCCACCUGUAAUUGGAUCAAGUUCACAGAAGCAGUUACACUCUAAAGAAGGUGCUUUGGCUUCAUUGGCCAACACAGCCUCUUUGCUUUCUGAUACGAAUGACAAUAGAUCUUCUAACCUCCCUACAAAUGGCAGUACGCCCGCAAAGACAAGUAGGCAAGAAUCAGGUGACCCAUUCACAUUUCCUCGACAACGGCGUUCUGUAAGACAGAGACUCUAUCAUUCUGUUGAGUCGGAAUCCGAGUAAAGCGCUCUGUCAAUGUGCAACAAAUUUUCUCACCGCUGCCUUUUGAUAUGUUACAACCCCUGGGCUGCUAAUAUUGUGAUAUAACUAGAGUUAGCAGUUGGACUGUCCGAUGACUUGUAAUGUUCAAGCCUGAAAAGAUUUUAAAUUUGUCAAUGAGAGGCCUGAAAAGGAAUUGGGCAAAGUAGAACUAUGAAAAUAUCUGCAGUUAUCAAGAUAGGUAGAGCCCAAGCAAAUGUAUUUUAUUGUGAGCUUUUAACCUAUUUAAUCUUUUUAAUUUUGUAUAUGUACAGGUAUCUUGUUAUC